AUGCCUGUUAAAGCACAACAAACCCUCCUUGAAAAAGGGUGGUCUUUUAAAAAGACAACAGAUGGCUAUGAUGCCUGGAAGCCUGUGGCUCGUGUGCCCACGGUGGCUCAUAUAGACUUGCUGAACAAUGGACUAAUUCCUGAUCCUUUCUUGGAUAUGAACGAGCUGGAUGUCGAAUGGGUCGGAGAGACAGCUUGGACUUACCGCACCACUUUUGACUCUCCAUCUACCAAUGGCGCCUCAGUAUACCUCCUUUUCGACGGCCUCGAUACCUUUGCCCAAGUCAGACUCAACGAUACCGUUAUCCUUGACAGCGACAACAUGUUUCUAAGCCAUCGGGUCAAUAUUAGUGACCAACUCAAGAAUGAGGGGAGCAAUACGCUCGUCAUCAAUUUUGAUAGUGCAUUGCUUAAAGGUCGAGAAUUACAAAAGGACUAUCCAAAUCAUCGCUGGGAGCUUUUCAAUGGAGAGGCUGGACGCUUGGUCGUUAGAAAAGCCCAAUACCACUGGGGAUGGGAUUGGGGUCCAAUGCUCAACACUGCUGGCCCUUGGAGACCUGUUCGACUUGAAGUAUCUUCUGCCAACAUCGAAAAUUUUCUUAUCAAAUACGUGGUUUCACCAGACCUUAAGAAGAUUAACGGGACAAUCGAAGUCGAUGUUGACGGAUCGUUUGAUAAGGCCGAUGUGUCUAUCCAUCUCCAGGAAGAUGUCAUCUACACUCGGACAAUAGAGCCAUCUUCCAAAAACCGACUGUCUGUUCCGUUCACUAUCGAUAACCCCGAGCUAUGGUAUCCGGCUGGGUACGGCCGCCAGUCACAAUACAACGUAACUGUCAGCAUUUUCCAAGACGGCCAAGAACUUGACAAAACCACUAAGAAGACUGGUUUCCGACGAAACGAACUUGUCCAACAAGAUGACUCUCAUGGAAAAUCUUUCUUUUUCCGGAUCAACAAUAUUGACAUAUUCUGUGGUGGUUCGUGCUGGAUUCCAGCGGACAACUUUCUGCCCCGAAUCACAGCUGGCAAGUAUCGAGAUUGGUUGAAACUUAUGAUAGAAGGCAAUCAGAUUAUGACGAGGGUUUGGGGUGGUGGCAUCUACGAAGAGGAUGUUUUCUAUGACUGUUGUGACGAGCUGGGUAUUCUCGUAUGGCAGGAUUUCAUGUUUGGUUGUGGAAACUAUCCUGCAGGACCAUCGAUGAUCAAAUCAGUCCGUGAAGAGGCCAAACAGAAUGUCAACCGACUACACCACCACCCUUCUAUUAUCAUCUAUGCCGGCAACAAUGAGGAUUACCAGGUCCAGGAGCAGGCAGGCCUCGAGUAUCACCCAGAAGAUAAGGAUCCCGAUUCUUGGCUCAAGUCAAAUUUCCCUGCGAGAUAUUACUAUGAGUAUCUUUUACCAGAGGUGGUAUCUGAGGUGUCUCCCGGGGCGAUAUACUGGCCUGGGUCGCCAUUUUCUGGGGGCAAGGAUACCACAGAUAAGACUACGGGUGACCUCCACCAGUGGAAUGUUUGGCAUGGAACACAGGAGAAAUACCAGGUAUUCGACACGUUGGGUGGCAGAUUCAACAGCGAAUUCGGCAUGGAGGCCUUCCCAGCCUUGUCAACGAUCAACUAUUGCAUCACGGAUAAAUCCGAGCGUUUCCCACAAUCUCAGACCAUGGACUUCCAUAACAAGGCCGAUGGCCAUGAACGACGCAUUGCAACUUACGUAGUGGAGAACUUUCGUCCCCUUCCGGAUCUAGAGUCUCACUUAUACAUAACCCAGCUCUGCCAGAGUGAAGCCAUGAAUUAUGCAUACCGCAGCUGGCGUCGUCAAUGGGGCGAUGAUCGUCGGUGUGGAGGUGUCCUAGUCUGGCAAAUGAACGAUUGUUGGCCCGCCAUCUCAUGGUCCAUCGUCGAUUAUUUCCUUACCAAGAAGCCUUCAUAUUACGCAAUACGUCGAACCCUCAAGCCCAUUGCAGCAGGGGUCCAACGAGAACAUCACGACUGGAGUGUUGUUCAUGCCAGGCCGGCAAAGACAUCUACAUUCAGUGUUUGGGUUGCCAGCAAUCAUCAGCAGGAAAUAACUGUCACUGUGGAGGUUCGCUAUGUUUCUAUCAAGACAGGCGAGGACAUUCGAGACAAAGUGGUCAAGAAGGACCUGGUCCUGGUUCCCAACGGCACUACCGAUGUAUUGACUGGACAGAUCGACAAUACCAAGGACGAGCCGCACGUCAUAUCAGUCAGUGUUCUGAAAGAUGGCGUGUGUGUUUCUCGGGAUGUCGAUUGGCCACAACCUCUCAAGUAUCUCGAUUUUUCGGACAGAGGCGUCGAUGUCCAGGUCACGCCUGGUGAAUACCGAAUCACAGCCAAGAGGCCGACCAAGGGCUUGGUUUUCGAAGAACUUGGAGGCGUUUCCUUGGAUGACAACUGUAUAGAUAUCAUCCCAGGCGAAGACGUGAUUGUCAAGGCGCGUGGAAGUGGAGUUUUACCUAAGAUCCCGAAGUAUAGGUACCUCGGCAUGUAA